AUGUACUACACCAAUACUAACAGGUCUGACUCGUCCCGCAGGGGCACAGACCAUGAAAGGAGCUUCCUCGUGGGUGGGAGGGACGAGCCCCUCACAGGUAACUCUCCUCCAGGGCUGCGCCCGGGCCGGUGGGAACACGUCCAGGCAGGGAUCCUCCCCAAACCCUCCCUCUGGGCUGACCCAGGCUCCACGAUCCCAUCGGGGAGCCCCGUGACCCUCUGGUGUCAGGGGUCACCGCAGGCUGACCUCUACCAUCUGAAUAAAGACGGAGCCUCCAAACCCUGGGACACGCAGACCCCACUGGCCUCCGGGGACAAGGUCAGAUUCUCCAUCGAAUCCGUGAGCGCACACACUACAGGGAGAUUCCAGUGUGAAUAUAGCAGCCCGGAGGGCUGGUCAGCGCCCAGUGACCCCCUGCACCUGGUGGUGACAGGAGCCCACAGCAAACCCUCCCUCUCAGCCCAUCCAAGCCCCGUGGCCCUGUGUCCAACCCCAAUGUGGGGCUAUGGCUCAUCCAGCUUCUACCCUGAGAGCUGGUCACUGCCCAGUGACCCUGUGGUCAUCGAGGUCACAGAGAACCUGGAGCUCUCAGCCCCGCCCUGGGGAAAUGAGUUCCAGGCUCCUCGGGAGGGGCAGUUUCCCUUCCGUGAGGCGGCUGUGACAACCCCGUGA